GUCUUUUAUUUAUCGGGCACAAUAAUGGCUGCUACCCAACAAGUCUGUCUUUUCCUACCCGCUCCAGUCGUUUUUGGAGGGUCAGCUAUGUGUCAGUCGUAGUCCUGAAGCCGCCAUUACCUCAGUUCCUCCCCUGGCCUGGCUGCUUACCCACAAUGCAUUGCCAGAGGGUUUUGUGUGUCUCAGACAGACCAGUGUAACCAUUGUUGCUGCUAUUUCAUCAGCCAGUCCACAUCACAGCAGCACAGCAGGAAGGCCCUUUCCUAGUUGAUCAUUCAUUGUCUUACUGAAAUCAUGUCUGGCCCAGGGGAUUUACCAGCCAUAGAGGGUUCUGGGAUGGGCGGGAUGAAGCUUCCUGUCGGGAUGACCCGACGAGCCCUCAGCUACGACGAUAACCUGGAGGCCCCCAUGUCCACGCCCCCCCAUGACAUCAGCAUCAACAACCUGUGGAGACGACCAAUCAUACCAGAAAGGAGGUUCUCACACCUGGCUGAGGAGGACGAGAGCGGGGCUGUGACUCACUCGGUGCCGGACAGCACCCCCUCCAGGUCACCAAGUGUAGUGAAAGCCAAGGCCUCCUCUGUCAUCAUGAAUUCUCUCAUCACCAAGCAGACUCAGGAUAGCGUGUACAAGUUUGAGCAGACGAUGGGGCUGACUGACGCCAGCUACACGCCCCACAAAGGCCUCACCGCCGAGGAGACGAGACACCACCACCGCAUCCCCGAAUCCCUCCAUAAACUGCAGAUCCAGAGCAUGGAGUCCAGAGAGGAGCGGCAGAACUCCUCCGCCCAGUCCACUCCAUCCAACACACCACACAGCUCCCCAAAACAACAACGCAGGACCUGGUUCGGCAGUACAAGUUCCGAGGUCAGCAUCAGCUCCUCCAACAGCAGUGUGGACAUGGGAGACACGGCGGGAGGAGUCGGAGGCGUUGUUGAACGGUGGAGCGUGUUUGGGCCGCGGCCGCUCGUCCACAAGUCGACUUCUGACCUGGGAUCAGACCCUUCGACUGCAGCAGGCUUUGCGCUGCAGGCGUACCGCGGUGCCCAGAAGCCGACCCCCAUGGAGGUAAUGAAGUCGCAGGCCACGCGGCUGGCAGACAACCCUGCUGCUCAGGCGGCGGCCCCUCCCAAAAUGGAGAUUCCAACAGUGGAGGGUCGACGUCAGGGAGCGCGACCACACAAGCUCAAACCCAGAGACAUGAACAUCCUGACGCCGUCCGGCUUCUGAGAGGACACACGACGUCGGAGCUGCACGUCGCUCACAUCCUGAAGGUCCCAUGAAGUGAGAGCGGCUCUCACAUACUGUCUCACAACCUGUUGCUUCAGUGUGUCAGACGUCCAUUUCAUUCAUUUUCAAGUCCUUUAAUCUUCAGCGGCUUCACCUGUUAGCAUGUCUUAGCUGUUAGCAUCUUGCACUUGAUAUUUCCAUCCAGUAAUGAGAUCAUAGAUUUUUGGAUGCCUCCAAAUAUGAAUUUGCUCUAUUACAUUUUUGUACAUCAUCCCUGUUGGUAAUAAACACACUGUUCUCAACAAGUUAAUAACUGACAUCUGGAAGCUUAGCUGGUAAACAAAGCCCAAGUUAGAGAAAUUUAUAAUAAGGAGAAAACAAACCACUCAGACUGUCUGCUUUAAACAUCCAUCAUAGUUUACAGUCCAACUUCCUGCUUCCUUUGACAUACCAUAAUAACUGUAGUGGUGCACUGACGGUUUUCCUGUCAGAUGAGGGGCUCACAUUUCAAGUGUGCCACCUUUAAGUUUUCCCUGCGAAUAAAGUGGAUUAGCUCAUCUUGCUAGCAGCAAAUACAUGAAUCUGAAUUUGGGUGCCAGUUUGAAACAUCAUCAGUGUUAUUCGCCCAUUUUUCUGCUGACAGGUAUCUGGCCUUCAUGGUGCCGGUCAUGACAUUUCCCUCGUUCUCGUCGUCCUUCCUAAAAGCCAUUUCAUGGGACCUUUAACUCUAACACCAGAUAACCACUGUUCUGUCCACCGUCAUCGCCAUCGAAGCUAUUCUGGA